AUGCCGCCUGCGGAUAGCACGCAUGUAAGACAUCGAAGAAGUAGAACAGGUUGCUUGACCUGUAGAAAAUUGAAGCACAAAUGCGACGAGCAGAAACCUGUUUGUGGAAGAUGUCAAAGGACAGUUAGAAUAUGUACAUAUCCAAUAGCAGUGAACAACAACCCCGGUACCUCUGAAUCUGCCUUAUCGUCAUCUUCCAAACAAGUGAUCAAUCUCAAUGUACUUCCCCAUGCCGAAAGUUCACGAGAUGCACAGUUGAAUGCCAUCAUCAAUGCUAUUGGAACGAUCCCACCUGCAAUCACCCUGGUGGAUCUGCUAGCUCUGUCUAUCCCAGAUGUGAAGGAGAGAUCUUUGGCGAGUCCGCCAAUCCAUCUAGAUAUGAACUUUCCUUACUGA